AUGCUAGAAAGUGGGGUGGAAGGUGUUGUUUGUGUGUCAGGAGGGGAACUGGUACGUGAGAUUGCUGGGGAUGAAUGUAGGUUGGGUUCGUGGUCUCCAAAAGAGGGAAAAGAAGAUAAAGCACCGGAAUUAAGAGAUGUGGAUGUAAUUCAUGUGGACAGAUCAUCUUCUCUAGAAGAUUAUAAAAUCGACGAUCCCUCUUCCAAAAGUUCCGAACAGAACCGAGGAGGGAGUUCAGGUGGACCGAAAGGAGAUGUAGAGAAUCAACUGGAAGCAUCCAAAGCCAAAAAAGCUCCAUCACUUGAAGAUAAAAAAGCGACAGGAGUGGUGAAAAAAUUCAUUUUGAACUAUAUCAUGCCUUACUAUGCACGAGCACCUCUUGUCAGACGUCUAUAUGGUCAGAAGCUGAUCCACCAACAAGCCUUGGAAUUGGUUAAUCAUAUGGUAAGAAAUAUCAAACAAGAGCACCAUAGUGGGCAAGAAGUAACAAUUUAUCUAAAUAAAAAUGAUGUUAUGAAGACGGCAAUAGAAUAUGGGAUCACUGAGUUUGUAACGGUGUAUCUGGAUGAAUACCCUCACCUGAUUUGGGAAAAAUUUAAGGAUUUCACAAUGAUACAAAUGGCAGUUCAAGAACGAGAUGAAAAUAUUUUGAAGCUCAUAAUGAAAACUAGUGGAAAUGAUAAAGAUUAUCUACUUUCUAGGGAAGAUGAUGAAGGUAACAACCUCUUACAUUACGCUGCAAGACUAGCGCCUUCUGCUAAACUAGAUUUGGUAUCCGGCGCAGCUUUACAAUUAGAACGAGAGGUACAGUGUUAUAAGGGUGUUGAAAAGAUUAUACCUUCAGAUUGUAAGAACCAGAGAAAUAUAAAAGACGAAACAGCUAAGUCUAUAUUCACAGCGCAACAUACGGACUUAGUGGAGAAAGGAGAGCAGUGGAUAAAAGAUACAUGCGGCUCGUGCAUGGUUGUUGCCACCCUUAUUGCUACAGUUGCGUUUGCAGCCGUGUUCACCGUCCCAGGUGGUAACAUUGGUGAUACUGAUAACCCUAAAAAUGGUCUCCCAGUUUUCUUGAACAAGUGGAUGUUUCUAUUCUUCGCAAUAGGUGAUUGUGGUUCGCUUUUCGCGUCAGUUACAUCGGUUCUCAUGUUUUUAGCAAUCUUGACCUCUCGUUAUGCUGAAGAUGAUUUCUUUAAAUCUUUGCCACAAAAACUCAUAAUUGGGCUGCUAACUCUGUUCUUUUCUUUGAGCGGCAUAUUGUUAGCCUUUGCUGCAGCAUUUACCCUUGCUUGCGGGGAUAAAUAUUGGUGGGCUCCAAUUCCAUUGACAACAUUUGGUCUGGUUAUGAUAGUCUUAUUUGCGUUGUUGGAAUUUCCGUUAUUUGCCGAAAUGGUACUGUCUACUUAUUAUCCUUGCGUUCUCGGAGUCAAGGAGGAACAUCAUAAUACAAUGAGAUCAAACAAGCCAAUUGAUCCCAAGAAAGAACGGUGA